AUGGAGUUUGACUUGCCAGAGUCGGACGGACGUGGGUAUGGCUUUCAUGAUGAUGCUGCCAAUGAGGCAGAUAUGACUGGCUCAGAUCAAUGUCCUUCAAGUGGCACUAGUUCCAUUGGCCAGGCGAGUCGAGAUGGUAGUGUUCCUCUUCAAGUUCCUGGCAUUACCAGAACAUAUCAUCCUAAUAUUAAUGGGAGAAUUUGUGACGAACACAGAGAUGACAUACCCCCAAAUACUCCGCCACCUCCAUGUCCAUCAAAUCUUGAUUUCGAAGUCGCAGACUUCCUCUACCGUCGCAACCAGAUGUCAGGGGGCGAUAUCGACUUUAUAUUCAAUCUGUGGGCCGCCUCAUUAGCAGCUCAUGGUGAAACACCGCCCUUCACAAACCACGUUGAAAUGUACAAUGUCAUUGAUUCGACGCCUCUAGGUGAUGUCGCCUGGCAGAGUUUUACUUCAGAAUAUAAUGGCACUCUACCUGAAGAUCCUCGGAUCCUCGUGCACAACAUUCUCUCCAACCCAGACUUCAAAGGCGAAUUUGACUACACUCCGCUACAGGAGUAUGAUACCAGCAAUGGAGCACAUCGCUUUCAGGACUUUAUGUCCGGUGAUUGGUGUUGGAAGCAGGCUGAUUUGAUUGCCGAGGAUCCCGAUACAAUUGGAUCUAUGUUCAUUCCAAUAAUCCUCGGCAGUGAUAAGACUACAGUCUCCAUCGCUACUGGACACCACCAAUACUGGCCAGUUUAUAUGUCGAUCGGCAACAUCGGCAACAAUGUGCAACGUGCACACCGCAACGGCGUUGUAUUGCUGGGCUUCCUAGCCAUCCCGACAACUGACAAGGAGUCCGCCAAAGAUGCACACUUUCGAAAAUUCCACCGUCAGCUUCUCCACUCAUCACUGGUGAAGAUGCUGGAAUCCCUUAAACCAGGUAUGACAACACCCGAGGUUGUACAUUCCCCCGAUGGUCAUUUUCGACGUGUGGUGUAUGGUCUUGGACCGUAUAUCACCGAUUAUCCCGAGCAAGCAUUGCUCACUUGCAUUGUUCAAAACUGGUGCCCAAAAUGUACCGCUCCGGCAGACAGUCUCGACAAUGGUACCUAUGGUCAGCAUUCCCGCGACCAUACUGAAGUCUUAGUGGAGGAAUUCGAGUUAGGUGUGCUAUGGGAUGAAUAUGGACUUGUAGGAGACAUCAUGCCAUUCACCAACUAUUUUCCGCGAGCUGACAUACACGAACUCCUCUCCCCUGACAUUUUACAUCAGUUGAUAAAGGGUGCGUUCAAGGACCAUAUUGUCACCUGGGUACACCAAUACAUUAAGGCUCAAUACUCGGAAAAUGAGGUGAAUAUGAUAUUAGAUGAUAUUGAUCACCGUAUUGCUCUUGCUCCCUCAUUUGCGGGCCUUCGACGAUUCCCAGAGGGAAGGGGCUUCAAACAAUGGAUGGGAGACGAUUCCAAAGCACUCAUGAAGGUGUAUAUACCUGCGAUCAAAGGCCACGUACCUCUGGAGAUGGUGCUGACUUUGCAAGCCUUAAUUGAUUUUAUAUACAUUGCGCGGCACAAUAUCAUUGACUCCAACAGCCUCAAUGUGUUGGACGAUGCACUCGAGCGUUUCCACAGGCACCGCAAAAUAUUUGAAACAUCUGGUGUUCACCCUAAUGGAUUCAACCUCCCUCAACAACACUCGCUUAUCCAUUACCACAAAAUGAUCCGAUCAUUUGGCACACCAAACAGACUCUGUUCUUCCAUCACGGAAUCUAAACAUAUCAAGGCUGUCAAGGAGCCAUGGCGACAGUCCAGUCGGUUCGAAGCCCUCAAUCAGAUGUUACUGACAAAUCAACGUCUAGAUAAGUUAGCGGCAUCUCAUAUCGACUUUGCUAACCGUGGGAUGCUAAGAGGAACAUGUCUAUCAUAUAUCCUUGACAAACUUGACAUUCAAGUCCAACUCGAGGACAAGCCUAUUGUCAUUCCCCAUCUCGGAUACAACAAUCACGUGAAUGCCGACUCGGAGACUGAUGCAGACCAAGACACUGAGCUUGAGGGCGACACUGUUGCUGGACCGACAGUGAUAGCUCAUGUAGACUUGGCAAAGAAAUUUGAUCAAAUUGGUGAACCGGAACUCACAACUCAUAUUCAGAAAUUUUUACGUGACCAGCUCCAUCGUUCUGACUCCAACUCAGAAGCCUCCGAGUCCACUGGCUCAUCCAGUGCCCUUCCCGAACUAUAUAAAAAAAUGACUCUGUAUACAUCUGCCAUUGCCACCUUCUUUGCUCCAAGUGAUGUCUCAGGCAUUGGUGGUAUUACUGAUCCCACUGUCGAGGGCAUGUGUGGCUUCGAUAUCGCUCAAGUAAGGCUUUUCUUUUCAUUUAAACACAAUGGUGUACAUUACCCUUGUGCACUUGUGCAUUGGUUCAAACAUGUGCACGACUCACGAGAUGAGAACACAGGAAUGUGGGUAGUAGAGCCUGAAGUCCUCGAGGAUGGGACACGAUUUGCCUCUGUCAUUCACCUUGACUGCAUUUUUCGUGCGGCACACCUUAUGCCUGUAUUUGGGCAUGAAUUUGUACCUACUUAUCUCUCUUACACACAGACCCUUGAUGCUUUCCACACUUACUAUGCAUUUGAGAUUGCCUGGUGA